AUGGGUCAUGAGGCCGAAAUUCAGAACCUUACCCACCAUCAAAAUAUAACUAAUGCAAUAAUAACAACUAUGGGCGAAUCCAUGUUGUUGCAUCAAGUAUUACUAAGGGUUCCUACUUUUGACGGCAGAAAUAUGCCCUUAAAAUCAUUUUUAGAAGAUGUCGAAAGCGCGAAAGAAGAUUCGCCCGAGGGACUUCACCCCACUCUUCUGAAAAACAUAAAAUCGAAACUUGAAGGUUUAGCCAGAGAUGCUAUUAACGGUAAAGAAAUUCUCACUUUCAACGAAUUAAAAAACGCCUUAAAAGAAUACUUUGCCAGUAAGAAAUCGUACCCUCAGUAUUGUGCUGAUAUACAAUCGGUAAGAUUAAAUCAGGACGAAUCUGUUCUUAGUUACUACAAUCGUAUUAAAAACCUUGUUAAUAACGCAGUUUCUUCUUUAAAAGAAAAAUUUAAUAACGAACAAGAAGUAACUAGCAUGAAGAAACUUUUAGACGGGUUAGCACUAGAGUCUUUCAAACGCAGGUUACCUGAUGACCUUGUUUACGCGGUAUCAGUUCAAAACCCAGCUAACAUCGAAGAUGCGUACAAACUUGCCAUGCGCAUAGAAGAAGAUUUGAAAGGUAGUAGCGCUCGAAAUUCUAACUACCUGCGGUAUGCCCAAACUCAAGACCAAUCAAAUAACUCGGAACGCCCCACUCGCGUGGUUAGCUUUCAAGACGAGGAAAGAAGAGGUACAAUCCCUCAUUCUCUUAAUAGAAAUGACGUUACGUACCCAAGAAAUAAUUUUAAUCAAGAAAAAGAUAAAGAGUUUAGUAAUCAGAACUCAAACAAUUCAAAUCGUUACAAUAGAAGACGUUCUCCUAAUAGAAAUUACCCUUCCCAAUACUAUCCGCAAAUGGGUUAUUUACCCCCUUUUCCAUACUCUCCAUAUGUUCCUCCAUAUUAUCCACCACAAAUGCCUUACCCUGCUCCUUACUAUCAGGAUUCACCCUAUUAUCCUAAUACAUAUAGAGACAGAUCAAAAUCUCCAAUACCUACUAAUCAACGCACUGAGUCUUUAAACUCCCAGGGUGCUCGAUGGUCAGACGCCCCGACGAGCGAGCCCCUCUUAUCGCGUCAAUCUUCAACAAUCAACCGAAAGAGCAUCUACUGGUCAGGAACCUCAGGUAGAGGUCCAAUAGUCGUGUUAAAAGCCCCCGAAUUAAAAAAUGGUCAAGGUCGUUUUUUAGUAGACACGGGCGCCGAUAUAAACAUUGUUAAACUAGAAGCAUUGCACCCUCGUUCAAUUAUAGCCGCCCAUGAAGCACUAACAGUUUCUGGUAUUACUAAUGAUAAGGUUAAUACUGUAGGCUCAACUGAACUCACUUUCUUUAAGAAACCCCAAAAAUUUCAUGUUUUUAGAGAAACAUUACCGAUUCCCACAGACGGGAUUAUAGGUGUCGAUUUUCUGGAAAAAGAGAAAGUUGAAAUUUCAUUUCACCAUAAUGCCAUAGUCGCAGAUUCUAGACCGAUUUCUCCUAUUUAUUUUGAACCUUCAAAACCAAAUGAACUCGUUCCAGCUAAUCCUCCUCCUGUUGAAAAUAUUCCCUCUGUUGAAAAUAUUCCUAUUUGGGACGAUGAGCCCACAACGUUUAUUGUUAAAGCACGCACUAGAGCUUGUGUAAAUUUGAAAUUAAAACCGACCAAUCUUAUCACCGGUUAUCUACCGCGAAUUCGCACUGAACACGAACACAUUUAUAUGGGUGAGAAUUUAGUCACAAAUUUUGAUAAUACUUGCAAUGUUUUUGUCAUCAACUCAUACGAGGAGGACAUGAAGAUUCAGAUCCCUCCUCAAGAGAUCUUUCCUUUCGAAAGUGACGAAUUCUCUGAAGAUUUCUUCAAUUCAGAUUCCAAUUCAGAAUCCGUCGACUCAGGACUUAGAAAACAUAAACCUGUCCCUCUUCCCUCCUCUAUAACCGCGGCCGUUAAAGCAAGGCAUGCGAAACAAGACGCGAAUCAAAAUACAAAACAAGAUGCAAAACAGGAUACCAGCGUUCCAAAGCAGUUACCACCAGAUCUUGGAAUUCAAAAUCCAUUAGUAGUAUGGGGCAACGAGAGCUAG